AACAAAAAAAACUAAACGGAAUUUCCGAAAAAAACGCUUGUCUUUUGUUUCAUUCCCACUUCUUUUUAAUUUCCUCAAUUGGGUAUAUAUAUAUGGAUAGAAGUUAAAUUGCUAAUGGACCAGUCUGUGAUCUAGACGCUUGCAAGUUCACUCAUUUUUUUUGGUCAAGACUGAACUAUGGGAUCGAAGCUGUUUAUCUUGUUCGGCUGUUUAGCGUAUGUUACGUGUCGUACUGUAACACUGGAGAAAACUUCGCUUUCGCUGACCGAGAAUUCCGAAGAUGCCGAUGAUUUAGGUGAAAUUCUUCAAGCGUUUCUGGGAGACCAUGACAUCACUUCCGGUCUACAAAAUGGCGACGUUGGUGGCUGCAGCAAAGGGAAAUGUCAAUUUUGCAAGAAAGUAAUGAAACAUGAUGCAUGCUUCAUAGCCAGUUUGGGCAAAAACUCUAUCACAAUAGAGGUGACGCUUAACAAAAAGGACGUCAUGAAAAAGGUCAUCACAG